CAGUUGGCUCUGCGCAGUGUGGCGCCUGCUUUGUUAGAUUGAUCCAUGCUAACGAAAUUCCUUUGUUGUGAUUAACCGUUUAGCGGUUGUGAUUCUGCAAUAGUAACUUAUAUCAAGAAAGUUGGUGUUGAGAUUAUUUAGACGAUGAGUGGCGGAGUGUAUGGAGGCGAUGAGGUGGGAGCUUUGGUGUUUGACAUUGGCUCAUACUCUGUAAGAGCUGGCUAUGCAGGAGAAGACUGCCCCAAGGCGGACUUCCCCACGGUGAUCGGUGUGACCCUUGACCGAGAGGAUGGCAGUACGCCUAUGGAGACAGACGGUGACAAGAGCAAGCAGAGUGGCACUACCUACUAUAUUGAUACCAACCAACUGAGGGUACCCAGAGAGAACAUGGAGGUCAUGUCCCCACUCAAGAAUGGCAUGAUUGAGGAUUGGGACAGUUUCCAGGCCAUUUUGGAUCACACCUACAAGAUGCACUUCAAGUCUGAACCCAGCCUGCACCCAGUGCUCAUGUCAGAGGCAUCGUGGAACACACGAGCGAAACGAGAGAAACUAACAGAGCUGAUGUUUGAACAUUACAACAUUCCUGCCUUCUUUCUCUGCAAAUCUGCCGUGCUUUCUGCCUUUGCAAAUGGGAGGUCUACAGGCUUGGUUCUGGACAGUGGAGCCACACACACCACAGCGAUUCCAGUGCAUGAUGGCUACGUCCUGCAGCAAGGCAUUGUCAAAUCACCCCUGGCUGGAGACUUCAUGAGCAUGCAGUGUAGGGAGCUUUUUCAAGAAUUAAAUUGUGAAAUAAUCCCCCCUUACAUGAUUGCAUCAAAGGAUGCUGUGCGGGAGGGAUCUCCAGCCAGCUGGAAGAAAAAGGAGAAACUACCUCAAGUGACUCGCUCAUGGCACAACUACAUGUGUAAUUGUGUGAUCCAGGACUUCCAGGCAUCUGUGCUGCAGGUGUCAGACUCGCCAUAUGAUGAACAGGUUGCUGCGCAGAUGCCCACUGUACACUAUGAGCUGCCCAACGGCUACAACUGUGACUUUGGGGCCGAGAGGCUGAAGAUCCCAGAGGGGCUGUUUGACCCCUCGAAUGCCAAGGGCCUGUCUGGAAACACCAUGUUGGGAGUUGGCCAUGUGGUGACAACUAGCGUGGGAAUGUGUGACAUCGACAUCCGGCCGGGUCUGUAUGGCAGUGUGGUGGUGACUGGAGGAAACACACUCAUUCAGGGCUUCACAGACCGACUGAACAGAGAACUCUCCCAGAAAACCCCUCCAAGCAUGAGGCUGAAGCUGAUAGCCAACAACACGACCGUAGAGCGUCGGUUCAGUGCCUGGAUAGGAGGCUCCAUCCUGGCUUCACUUGGAACCUUCCAGCAGAUGUGGAUCUCCAAACAGGAGUACGAAGAGGGUGGAAAGCAGUGUGUGGACAGGAAGUGCCCUUGAUUUCAACACCCAGCCACCGCUACCCUCCUUGUCACUGUCACAGACAGAAGCUCAACAUCACGAGUCGUUCACCUCUGACCCUGGACUCAGGAACACUUACAGAUGAUUGCUCUUUUGUAUGAUUUGUUUUAAAAAAUUAGUUUGUCCAUGUGCCACCUGUCUAUGAUUUUUUUUUAGUGAAAAUCACACAAACAUCUACAAAGGAAACCGCAUCAUGAUGAAAUGAGGUUUAAUUUUCUUGUAUAUCAUAACCAUCAGUCUGCUGCCUUAUCGUUAGGAUUGUUGGCGUUUAGUUGAAAACCUACAUCUUUAAAAAAAAAAAAAAAGUUUUUCUGGGAUUGACAAAAGCGUGAGCUUGCUUCCUGUUGUCCAUGCCUUUUCUCCCACUUUGGACAGAGUCUGGCAUUGUCUCAAGGCAAUUAAAUAUCAGCAUGUUGGUCCUAAAGUUUGUGAUCAGACUUGGGGAAAAACACAAUGUAAAAACCAGUUUUUUCUGCAAGGUUUCUGUAGAAUACUGAAAAGGUCAAAUAUGGGUUAUGUGUAUUUGGAACCUGAACAAUUUGAGGUGAAUGUCUUUUGUCUAUAAGCCUUUCUCUCUUCUGUGUAGUAAGUAAACUCAUAGGCCAGUCAGUGGUUGCCUAUGCUCAUCGGUGUGAGUGUCCGCUCAAAUUAACCUGUAUUUAAUUUUCACUUUGCUUGUAAUUGGCUAUAUGCAGUCUUUUAAAAAUAAAGCCCUUUUUUGUUAAA